AUGAGAAACCACUCGGUAAAAGAAGAGCGAGCCAACGACUCGACGGGUCAAAAACAAGACCCUGUCGAGAGAAGAAGACUACAGAACCGGCUUUCACAGCGAAACCAUCGCCGCAAAAUCCGCGACCGCAUCGCCAAACUACAAGAACGUGUUAUCGCCAGCGAACUCAGGGCUGCUGCGAGUCUCAACGGCUGGGGAUAUCCGAACCCAGGUCCAUCGUCAGUGGAGCCUGUGGCUCCGUAUGAAGUUGAUAGUAAGACACUCUCGCCAUCUUCAGAAAAUGCCGCCCACUUCGAUCCAUACUAUCCCGCUGCCCCGGGUGUCUGUCCUACCUGCAGCAGCUCCAUGGGGGCUAUACCUGUCAUCUGCUCACAACCUUUGACUCCACCGUCUGUGUACGAAACCCCCAAGGAGAGCGAAUCGGCCAACUCGUCGCCUCCCUCCAUGACGAAUAGUUUUUAUGAGGCGGGGGUUAACUUUUUCGGGCCGGACAUGUCGUCGUCGGCACUCAGCAAUUAUUCGGUGGCCGAGCUGAACGUUCCGUUCCCUUCGGAAUCUUGGGGUCAGACGCAGUAUCCAUCGUCUGCAUUAUAUUAUGUCGCUACGGAAUCGUCGCUCCCACAGAUCAUACAAACACUGGGCUCCGGAGCCUCCAGGACCAAGGCACUCGUUCUGAUCCCACAGGCGCAGGCGACAGGGAUGGCCAUGACCUCGCCGGUGUCUCAGGCCCCGACGUCUAGGGAGUCGGCGACGCCUAUCAGUCCUCUAAGCCUGCAAGGCUGCGGGUGCCAGUGCCAAAACCAUGACGCGGUGGUUGGAUUGCCAAGCUCGGGAUUCUGUCCUGUGCAUUCGACUCAAAAUAUGGAAAAUUGUGCCCGAGGAAUGAACUCAUACAACCUUCAAUCGAAUGGAAUAUUGCAGAAGGAAUACCCCAAAUGCGAUCUUCAUCCGAAUCCUCGGGAUGUGGACAUUUCCUCCCGACCCAACUAUAAAGUCUUGCGCAGGGCAACCUUCCAGUCAAGUAAACCUAAGAUCUAUUUCGCAUUCUAUAAAUAUCGUAUGCUUACAGCUGAUCACAUACCCCAUACCCCACCAGACUACUUAACACCUCCCACCAUGGCAUCCCCGGACUACAGCCACCAUUUCUCCAUCCACAACCUUCCCUACGGCGCCGCUUCCUCACCCACCCAUCGCACCCAAUGCGCAACGCGCCUCCACAACAAUGUCAUAUUCCUCGGCGAUCUUCAACGUCACGGCUUCUUCUCCGCUAUUCCGGAUCUACCCGCCCGUGUUUUCGACGAAGUGACAUUGAACCGAUACGCUGCGCUGCCGAAACGCAUACAUCACCAUGUGCGAGAGAUCCUACAGUCCGCGCUUGCCUCGAAAGAUAUCGACGGUCUACCAGAGAGCUGUAGAGAGAAUGUCGAGACAGUGAAGAUGCAUUUACCGGUCGAUAUUCCGAAUUUUACAGAUUUCUCCUGCAGUCUCAACCACGUCCAAAACGCCGGUCGCGCCAUCCUCAACAACCCCACUCCCCCUCCCGGCUUCUUCCACUUCCCGAUCGGCUAUACCGGACGAGCCAACAGCAUCGUGGUCUCAGGGACGCAGAUCGUGAGACCUAGAGGACAUAUCCGUGGUCAAACCAAGUCAACCCCUACCUCUUCCAACGGAGAAAGCAAAGGCGAAGGAGAGACCCCGAAACAAGAAGUCAUAUACGCCCCCUCAAGAGCACUAGACUAUGAGCUUGAAUUGGGAUUCGUGGUGGGUGCCCCGGUAGACGUGCAUCAGGGCUUGGAGGCCAAGGAUGCAGAGGAGUAUCUGUUCGGGGUGGUAGUGGUUAAUGAUUGGAGUGCACGAGACAUCCAAUCCCUUGAAAUGGUCCCCCUGGGCCCCCUAAACGGAAAAUCCUUCAACACCAGCAUCUCGCCCUGGAUCGUGACGCUCGAAGCCCUAGCUCCGUUUCGCGCCGUCGGUCCUGCUCCUCGCGCGGAAUUACCACUCCAUCUGCAAGAUCCGGGCGCGUUCGGAUACGAUAUUAGUUUGAGAGUGGAGUUGGAGCAUUCUGAUUCUUCUGCUGUUGAGUUUGCGUCUACGUCUACGUCUACGAACGGGAGUCAUGAAAAGGGAAGACUAGCAACGACGCAUCUCAGUACCUCUAACGCCAAAGAUCUAUUCUGGUCUCCCAGGCAGAUGCUGGCGCAUAUGGCUAGUUCUGGGUGUGGAGUGAGGACAGGGGAGUUGCUGGGCACCGGGACAGUGAGCGGGACUCAGGAGGGGGAGUAUGGCUGUUUAUUGGAGAUAACGGGGGGUGGGAAGACGGCUGUUCGGUUGAAUUCCUCCGAUGGGUCUGGUGGUGGGGAAGAGAGAGUGUUUUUGAUGGAUGGCGAUGUGGUGAGGAUGGUUGGAUUGGCUGGCGAGGGAGUUGGGUUUGGGGAGUGUAUGGGGGAGAUUGUGUCUUCUCUUUAG